GACGCAACGCGCAAAGUUGACAAGUACAAAAACACGUGUGUAAUAUGUAAACAGUUGUUGAGGACGAAGUUAUUUGAGUUGGUGUUGUGUGUUCCGUAGGCGUAAGUGUUGAGAAACAGUGUUUACCACACAACGAAAAUGAGUUUCGCACGCUUCAAAGAAGUGAUAGAAGAAGACGAUACCGUUAUACUUUAUGUAAACGUUAACAGUAUGCAUGCAUUGAAAGUGACACCACAAAUAAAAAAUAAAAAUGGGGCUCUUGUGUCAAAUGUUUUCCAAACUGUUUAUGGCGCAUUAAAAGUAGAUUCUCUAAUUGGUAAAAAAUUUGGAAGCAAAGUUAAAUUAACUAAAGGAUGGGUAUACGUACUUCACCCAACACCGGAAUUGUGGACUUUAACUUUACUUCAUAGGACACAAAUCAUAUACACACCGGAUAUUAGCAUGAUAAUUUUUCAGUUGGAGCUAAAGCCGGGAAGCAUAGUUAUUGAAGCAGGAACUGGAAGUGGCUCGCUCUCUCACGCCUUGAUCCGAACAAUAAAACCAUCAGGACAUUUGUUUACAUAUGAUUUUCAUGCUGCGAGAGUCGACGUAGUUCGGGAAGAGUUUAAGGAACAUGGUUUGUCAGAGUAUGUAUCUGUUGAACACCGUGAUGUCUGUGAGGAUGGUUUCGGGGCGGCUGUUACAAAUCGUGCAGACGCAGUAUUCCUUGACUUGCCGAAGCCUUGGGAUGCAGUACCUUAUGCAGUUGCGGCUUUUAAAAAAAUCGGCGGCAGAUUUGUAUCAUUUUCACCGUGUAUAGAGCAAGUGCAAAACACUUGCAAGGCUUUGAGUGAGAAUGGAUUUUUCGAGAUAGUGACAAUGGAAUGUUUGCUUAAAGAACUGAAUGUGCAAGUACGUGCCAUGCCCAUUUUGAAUAUAGGAGCAAAAGAAACAACCUCGCAAAAAACUUACAAUACUGCUUCACCUGGACUUUCGGUGUGUGGACAUUCUGGCUACAUUACAGCAGCGACACUACCACCUCGCCAAGACUGAGUUGUUUACUGCACUGUAGUGAACGUCAUAAGUGAUAAGAUGUGAUGCCAUGUCCAAUGGAGGUGCCAAUGAUGAAAGUUACCAAGGAAGAACAGCAGAGUGUGGUAUACUUUCUUUGUGUGGAAGGUGUGCAUCCAAUGGACAUACACAGAAAAAUGCAGGUGUCUUUGGUGCAAAGUGUGUUUCAGGCAAAACAGUGCAUAAGUGAUGUUGGCAUUUUGUGUGUGUGUGUGUGUGUGUGUGUCAGGAAAGACACUGAUGGGUAAUGCACGACCCAGGCAGGUGACAAAUCGUAUUCGUGAUGAGAUAGUUGCUGCUAUUGACAGUUGCGUUCAAACUGGUAGAUGGGUUGCAUUGGACACCAUUAGUGCUCAAGUAAAUGUGUCCCAUCACAGUAUGCACAUCAUUGUGCGCAAUACACUUGGUUAACGGAAGGUUUGUGCUCAGUGGGUCCCCAAAUGUUUUUCCGAGGAACAGCAACACAACAGAAUGGUAAUGUCACUGAACCAUUUGGUGCAAUAUCAGGAGGAGAAUAAUGAUUUCUUUCCAAGGUCAUUGCCGGAGAUGUAUCCGUAUAGCCACUGUUUCAGCCAGAAUCCAAAUGUGAGAGUGUGCAGUGAAAGCAAGCAGAUUCACCUAAACCAAAGAAAAUCUGUUUAAUAACUUCAGCAGCUAAGGUCAUGUUGACUAUGUUCUUCGAUGAGCAGGGGCCUCUGAUGUGGAGUUCCUCCGCAAAGGACAAACAAUAAAUGCCAACAAAUACUGUGAUAUUCUUCGUCAGCUGCAAUUAUCAAUCAAGAAUAAAUGCCAGGGAACCUCUCAAAGUGCGUUAUCUUCUCGCAUUACAAUUCACAUCUUCUUUGUUGCCAAACAUAAAUAGGAUCUUUUCGCAUUAUGUAAUUGGGAAGUGCUAGACCACCACGCAUAAAGUCCUGGCUUGAGUCCCUGUGAUUUCCAUGAUUUUGGCCCACUCAAGAAACAUCUCAGGUGGGACCACCGUGGAUCGGAUAAAGAACUGCAGCAAGCUGUGACAGAGUGGAUCCGUGCUCAACCUCAGAAGUUCUUCUUCUAGGAUAUCCAUAAUCUUGUGCCAAGGUGGGAUAAGUGCCUCAACAGCCAGUAAUAAUGCCUGUACAUGGAAAUUACCUUUCCGUUUGACUGCACCUUGUAGAAACGACAAUAAACUCCAAAACACAUGUUUUGGCCACAUACAUCCUUAUUUUUCCACUUUGAGGCAAAGCCUGACCCAUCAGAAUGUUGAGUAUGACAAAGUGGUUAUAG